UUGACUGCUUGUAAACAGAAGCUCACACGUGACACCACCGCGCGACCGCAUUGUCUGAGAGCGGACAAAGAGCGACACAGUCAGCGUUUGUUAUCACUGAGCGCGAGCAUCGGGGUCAGGUAAACGGGCAGGUGUCAUGACAACAACCAACAUUAUGAGGCCGACUAUCCUCCGCUGAGUCCGAGCUUGUAACGGCCGCUUGAACUUCUUAAUGUCUGGAUCCCAAAUCCGACCGAGUGGAGGGAUAACGACGUUAGCUGCGGUGUUUUCUCCAGCUCGCACGCAGCUGGCAGCUGGUAAACAAAGCUGGACCGCCUUUGUUUCACCUCUUAAUUUCGCUAGUUGGUUUAUUCGUUUCACCUGCGUCAAAUUUUACUUUUCUAGCUAACGUUAGCUAACCGUAGCUAUCAGCAGCCGUUAGCCUCGAUAUCAGAUUUUUUUUUUUAGCUACCGUUAAUCUCUUUUUUGUUACUGGCUGGAUGAGAUGUCAUUCACGAUGGAGGAUAACUUGGAGUCCGAGUGGGUGUCCGUCCGACCCAGAGUCUUCGACGAAAAAGAAAGGCAUAAAUUUAUCUUUAUCGUGGCCUGGAACGACAUCGAGGGAAAGUUCGCCAUAACCUGCCACAACAGAACCGUACAGAAGCGGUCUACUUUUCUUCUCGACCCGCUCCUCGACCUCCCUUCCCCCGGUGCUUCCGUGGCAGAGAAACACACAAAAAGUAUGAAAGAUGAAGUGUGCCAAGCGGGUAAAGUUAGAUCACACUCAGACCCUAAAGGAAAACCCUCAACAAAGACUGUACUUGGGGACACAAAUACUUUAAAACCCGGGGAUUCAAAGACAUCCGAGUGUGUCAGUCCCACAUUAGGGUCCUGGGAUAUUGUGACACCGAAAGUAAUAGAUAUCGAGAUCCUGGACCCCGUGGAUGUCCAGCUCUCUCCGGAUGAUUCAGACCCAGGGGACGGUGACAGCAGCGGCCGUGAGGACUUCAGCUGGGCCGGGCUGUUUUCCUUCCAAGACCUGAGGGCAGUCCACCUUCAGCUGUGCGCCGUCAACUCGGACCUGGAGCCGUGUUUACCCUCCUUCCCGGAGGAGCAGUCCGGUGUGUGGUCGGUGCUUUUCGGAGCUCCAGGUGUGUCUCAGCGGGAGACGGACGCCCUGUGCUACCAGCUGCAGGUGUACCUGGGUCAUGCGCUUGACACGUGCGGCUGGAAGAUCCUAUCAGAGGUGCUUUUCUCCGAGAGCGAGGACACAGAGGAGUACUACGAGAGCCUGAGUGAGCUGAGGCAGAAAGGCUAUGAAGAUGCUCUGGAGAGGGCCAAAAGACAAAUGCAAGAGGUGUUGGAUAAACACAAAGCCUUGGACAGCAUGGUGGAGCUGCUGCAGGUGUACCCGGAGGAGGACGAGGCGUAUGGAGAGCUGCUGGAGGCAACAACUCAGCUCUACCACUACCUGCUUCAGCCUUUCAGGGACAUGAGGGAACUGGCAAUGUUGCGCAGACAGCAGAUUAAGAUCUCACUGGAGACGGAGCGCCUGGGUCCUCGUCGAGUGGAGAGCCUGAGGAAAGAGGACGAGGAGUGGCAGAAGAAGGCUCACGCCGCCGUGCUCUCCAUACAAAACCUGACCGUCAAGUUCUUUGAAACCACGACCCGGGCACAGAAAGCUUUGUAUGAGCGGAUGCGUGCUGACCAGAAGAAGUUUGGCAAGUCGGCGUGGGCAGCAGCGGUUGAACGCAUGGAGCGGCUGCAGUACGCCGUCUCCAAAGAAACUCUGCAGCUGAUGAGGGCUAAAGAAAUCUGCCUGGAACAGAGGAAACAUGGCUUGAAGGAGGAGAUGCAGAGUCUGCAAGGCGGAGAGGACGCCAUGCUGCGUCUGGACCAGCUGGAGGCGCUGUACUAUGAGUUGCAGCUGCAGCUGUACGAUAUUGGGGCAGAAGUGCUGCGCUGUGAAGAGCUGCUGCUCACCGCACAGCUGCAGAGUCUACGGAGGCAAAUGACAGGUGUUGUACCAGAGCGACAGGAUGAAGUGGUGUACUACGAUGCCUUUGAGAGUCCCGAUGCCAUGAAGGGUGAAGAAGAUCCCGCAGCCCCGCCGUCCCCCCUCAGGGAUGAAGAACUCACCGUCCUACAGCAGAGGACGCGGCAGCUCGAGGCCCGCAGAGGCCGCAUCACUGCCAAGAAAGUCUACCUCAAAAACAAGAAGGAAAUCUGUAUUGUCAAUCACAACCUGAAGAAGCGACAAGGUAGCCAUGAUGAUUCCCCGCAGACACUGCAACAGGGAGGUGAAGAUGAGGAAGAUGAUGAAGCCAAGAGCAAUGCCAGAGUGAGUCAGGACAGGCAGAGGACUCUGGACAGACUGCGCAGCCUCAAACAGCGUUAUCCCGGCCAGGUGACUCUGAAGUCCAGCCGGCUGCGUCAGUUUCAGCCUCACAGCCGGAGGAGAGCCGGACAGCAGGCCAGCACUCAUUCAGCCGGCGUUCAGACCGACUGCGUCUCAGAUCUCCCAGAACUCUCUGCUCCUCCUCCACCCGACACCUGCAGCUGCGACAGCGUCUCUUUACCUACAGUUGAACUCGGGAAUCUCGACUCGACUCCAUUCCUCUCGCUGCCUCCCCUCUCAUCUUCCCCAUCUAUUCAUUCACUGGGUCCCCCGCCUCCUCCUCCCCCGCCUCCUCAGCAGCAGGGUGAGGGCAUUGAGAAUAACCCCAGCCCACUGCGGCACCGCGAACGUGAGUCUGAGUUGUCCUCUCUGCCCCUGGCUCCGUUCUCCCCUCGAUUCUUCGACAGCAGUCAGCUGCAGACGGCGAGGAAGAAGCUGAAGAAGACGGCCUCGCUUGACUCGACGCAGUGGAAAGGGAGCACCCCCAUGGACGAGGUCCUGGCCUCUCUCAAACGAGGCUGCUUCCACCUGAGGAAGGCAGAGCUGCGAGUCCUGGCCCCCGACCCGGACGACGACACCAACAACAUCCUGGCUCAGAUCCGGCAGGGCGUCCGGCUGAAGAAGGUACGGACCCGGCCGGAGCAGAAGCGCCAGGCCAAAAGCUUCACCAGCUCGGCCGACGCUCUGACCCGCAGCAUCCACGAAGCUCUGAGGAGAAUCAAAGAGGCUUCACCCGAGUCGGAGUCGGAGGAUGAAGGCCUCCCGUGCACUGACUGGGAGAUCUAGUUUGGCUUAUUGGACGUUUUUAAACUGCAUCUUUUCUGGAUAUGUGGAGCCAAAAUGAAGAAAAAACAAGCGGACAUGCCAGGGUUAAUUCACCUGGACAUACCUCGGUGCAAUUUGAACAAAAACCCUUGAUUUCUUUUUUUAUAUAUCAGAAAACCGCUCAGAAGUAUGUUUUUUUUCAUUUUAUUCAUACUUCUGUGUGGUGUUUGUAAAGAUGGACCUCUAAUCUUUUUUUUUUUUAUGUCGUUGCUGUGGCAUUCUGGGCGAGGAUACAACCUCUAACCUCUCGUUAUGUCCGUCUACAUGUCAGAGUCCUACUGUAGCUUGCUGUGAUGGGUUUGUGUUAGGAAGUGAGUAUUGUGUUUUCUACGUUUUCUCUCGCUUACAAAGACACAGAGAGCAUUCAGACUCUUCACUGAACAUGUGCGCUGUACACUUUUACAUUCAACCAUGUGACAACCAUCUGUACUGUAUACUUCAGUGCAUUCUUAAAGUUCUACUUUGAUAUGUUGGGAGAUGUAGCUGCUGGCUGUAGCUCAGCAGAAACUUCCCAGAAAUGUUAAACUAUUACUUUUCAUUUGCUAAUUCGUGCUCGUGGGAAUCAUGCAAAAAAAAAACUGGUUCUGAUUUAUGUAUUUAGCAAAUCACCCAUCCCUGCUUUUAUAGCAUUCUCACUUUAAAAAGAAUAAAUAGAAACCUAUAUAAAUAGUUUACAUAUAGAGUAAAGUAGGAUAUAACAAGAGAAAGGGAUUUUGGAGGAAGGAUAUCGAAGCAAAAUUUCAAUCUCCAUCAUUUGUUCUGAUAACAGAAAGUUGGUUGAACCCCUUCAGCAGCAGCUCUGGGAGGAAAUGAUGUUACUUUAAAACCAAAAACUGUCACAACUCAGUCAAAUCUGGACAAACAGACGGGAAGCACGUGUUUAUAUUCAGUGGGACUUACACUUAGAAAUGAUAUAUAAUAACUGCAGAACAGAAGUUCAGAAGUCGCCUGAGAAUCAUCAGGAUCGUCCAGAGUAAGUUCACGGGUUCACUGCAAACCUAGAACGACUCAUUUGGCGUACAUACUUUCAAUGGUGCCAAUUUGUUAAAAUUGGUUUUAAGUUGUAGCCCACAACUGACUCACUGACUCCAUGACAUUACACUUCCUGUUUACCCCCCCCGCCCGCCCCCCCGCCCAAAUAUCAUGCGAAAUGUUGUUCCAAAACUUAAGAGCAUGGUUCUAAUAAUAGGAGUUACAAAACAAUCUAUAAAUAUUUAAUCUUGACUUUAUUGGUGUAACUUUGAAAACAGCUGAUGUAGUUGAACACGCUGCAGGAUGUAAUGCGAGACAAACGGUUCACCUGCAGCCCCCACAGGAGUCGGACUUUAAGAAGCACAGCUGCGUCACAAAUGCAAAGUAAACUCGGCAACACACACACACUGGAAAUAUUAGCACACAAAUAGCUUUUAGGUUUUCAGAGAAAUAAACAAAUACACACGCAUGUGUUGACUUGUGCAUCCUCUGCUUUUCCUCAUCCAUGGAUGCCAUUUUGACCGGGUCAGUAUUUUUGACUAAAUAUAUAUAAUAUAUAUUCAGCACCAAUUGAAAUAUAUAUAUAAACAAAUACUUGAAUCUAACUUUGUUCGCUUUCUGUGAUUGGCUGAAUUUGCUGUCACACUUUCAGAUGGGAGGCGAGGGGGAAGGAUGGAUGUAAUAUUUUAAUAUAUUUAGAGGAUUUCCCCCCCCCCUCUGAUGAAGAUUAUUGACCUCCAGUGGGACCGUCCUCCGUUAUGAUACAUUACCGUUACUCCAGACCCAAUAACAUGCGACCAAAAAAGAAAGAAAGCUGCUUCAGUGGUAGAAACACAGAUGAUGAAACACUAUUUUAUAGAGCUCUAUUCUUCAAAUGUUAUAAUUAGAGCUGGAAAUAUUCAGCAGAAUGUUAAUCUGCAAUUAUUUAAAUAAGAGGUUAGUAUUUUUCUUCUUGUCGUAGCUUCUCCAAUGUGACAAUUUGCUGCUUUUCUCAGUUUUAUGUCCGUUGAAUAUAUAUAUAUGUUUUGGACGUCACCUUCAGCAUUUUAACGAUUAACCUAAUGAAAAACUAACAUGCAGAUAAAUCGAUGUCUGUUUCAUGGGGAAAUACUGAGCAAAAGCAGCUCCUCCUCCCCCCCCCCAUGUUUGAAAUGCUCCAAACAUGCAUAACAAACUAAGUUUCCAUGAUGCUGAGACUUUUCCACGCAGCAUAUUGAAGCCUGUCUGCAGGAAACGGUUCAGCUGAAGUCUGAGGCUGCGCCGCCCUCUGCUGGUCGCAGACGCCGCCCCCUGAUCCUCCACAUCUCACAUCUCGGAUCAUAAGUGAUGUUUAUAUUUAUUUUUACCGUCAUUCUAUUUACCUGAGAGUCUUCUCUCUUUCCACUGCCUUCAACAUUCGUUUUCCAAGUUUAUUUACUCACUGGAGUUUUUGUUGUUUGAGUUUGGUGUGUGUGUGUGUGUGUGUGUGUGUGUGUGUGUGUGAUUUUUAUACCAGUCUCUUAUUAUGUGUCAAACCUGUCUUUAACUGAAACUCACAUUUACUUUCCUGUUUUGAAGUCAUUCACUGAGUAACAUGGCUCAAUUUUAACUUAGCGUUUAUUUAGAGGGGGAAAUUCACUCGUUCGCUUUCUUGCCGAGUUAGAUGAGAAGAUUAGAAGCCACUCUCUCUGUCUGUACAGCCAAUGGGAAGCCAGGACGGUUAGCUUAGCUUAGCAUAAAGAGUGGAAACAGCUAGCCAAAGUAAGCGCUGUUGAAUCAUAACUUGAACCUUUUUUUGUGUCGCUUAUAGAAGUUUGUUUGGGCUCGUUGACUACGUUUACACACCCGAAAUAGUCCGUUUUUUGCCCUUAUUUUGAAAAAGACAAUAUGCCUACUAUGCUGUUUACAUGGCUAAUGAAAAAUUAAUAUUACACUUUUCAAAGUUUUCCACCAGUGGCAGAUAUAGCCUCCCUUUUCAUUCAUUCCUUCAACCACCUUCCUGAAAAGGUCGGCUUUGCGAUAUUUGCGCAUAUCCAAAUAAAAGAUGUUUAAAAAUAGGUGCGUUUCUCCUAAGCAUGUUCCUGAAACGCGAAAUAUAUCCCUCGUCUUAAUCGGAAAAUGCUACGUUCAGAAUAAGGCCUAAUUCAGAAUAUCCAAAGGGAAAAUGCUGUUUACAUGACCCGUAUUAAACGUGUGCAUGUAAGCGUAGUUAGUGCUGCCUCUUGUGGCGGUUGGGAGGGAAAAACACCCAGUACAAGUACCAGUGGGUGUUUUAUGCCCGUUUGGCCACAGGGGGCAGUAUUGAGCACAGAAAACACCGCACUAAAACUUAAACAAACAAGUGACUCAAAGUUGAGAUUUCUGCUUCAUCUGCAGUGUUUUCAAACCGGUUUUUUUUUUUGGUUUUAAGAGAAAAGUCUUUGAGGAUGAAGACUGAGUUAUUAGUUCUGCAAAUGCACGUCUGUUUAAACUCAUUUAGUAGCUAAGCGUCCGGAUGUUUCCCUCUGGAGUUGGUGAAGACUAAAAUCAGAGCUAAAAAAGAGUGACUUUUGGACUUCUAUCACAAGUUUAAAACCACUAACUUCAUAUUUAAUGUUCAAACAGUGUGGUAUCUGAUCUUCUCGUCUUACACUCUGCAAGAAAGCAAAGAAGCGUUUUCCCCAAAAAUGUCAAACUUUUCCUGUGAACGUGGCGUUACAGCCGCCAAGUGUUGAAAAUCAUUGUGACUCUUGAACAUUUUGCAUGCAGCACGACGACAUCGCGGCUCAACCUGUGCUUCUCUUUGAUCCAUAGAAGUCUUCAAUGAUAUUAAACAUUUUUGUUGGAUCAUGUGUAACAGUACAACUUGGCAGCAGAUCUUUGCCUGACAGUAACCCCCCCCCUCACUGCUCCGUCCCCGUUUAGUUGAGCUUAAGAAACCAUUGUGCUUUUAAAAAAAAAGAAAAACUUGUAGAUUUUCUCUAACCCUGAACUAGUUUGACCUUUAACCUUUCAUGACCUUAUGCAUGUGACUGGUUUUAGGACGAACCCAUCACAACGUAAGUGCAAUAAUUAAGAAGAAAAAGUAAUUUUUAUGAAUUAAAUACUGUAAUGAAAUGUAAAAAUAUAUCCGCAUGCCUAAAUGUAUUGAAGUAUUUAUUGAAACUUCAUAUUUUAAAAUGGUUUUUAAAAAGCAUACAAAUGUAAAUGUACUUUAUAAGGUUUUCUUUUGUUGCUUUUUUGUUUUUGGUUCCCCUCAUGACAUUCCUCUCUGCUUUCUAUAUCCCAAUUAUAUAUAUUUUUCCUUUCAAAAUAAAAUGAAGCACCAAAAUGUCUUUGAAUGCUCCUUGUUGUAUGAAGGUUGAACACUUUACUUUUUAGCAGUUUAUAAAUAUUUGUCGACGGCUAUAACUCCUUACUUUGCAGAUUUACUUUGUAUUGCUACUUUUAUAUUUAAGUAAAAUAUAUCUGACUGAUGAAACCAGAAUGUGAAAGAACGACACGACUGCAGGACUUUAAUUUGGUUUUCUUUUACUAUAAACUCAAAAUUACAAUUUGU